AGCAUUACUCAAAAUUGUAUCCUUCAACAAAAUUAAUAAUAACAUGUAUAUAUCGCAAAGUGAUAGGGGUUUAUCGUGGUUUUUCAAUAAGUGCAGUUGGCAGUUAUAACAACCACAAUUUAUCAGUGUAAAAAAAAAAAACCACAAUUUAUCUUCUGGUAUCAGACGCCACUCACUUCCGUCGUGGCCAUGGCGUCGUCAUGCUGGUGCUCUACUACCAUCACCGCCGUCACCACCACUACCCACCGCUACUCUUUCACCUCUACCAACGGUCCUUCUGUAAAUGGGACUCUCAAAGAGUCCAGUUCAACAGAUAUAUUACCACUCCUCUACAGUUCCAUUUCAGCGAAGAAGAACACUGACAACAAGAAACUUAAGAAACAAAGAAAAUGGGAAACCCAAAAAUCAAAAAACAUUUUUUCUUACCCACAACCAAAACCAACUCCACUUCUCAUUCACCAACAGCCAUAUCCUCAAACCAAAAUUCAAGCACUUGAACAAGUUCUCAAUGACCUUGAAGCUUCACUAGAGAAAGGAAUCAAAAUUGAUACUGAAAUCUAUGCUUCUUUGUUAGAAACUUGCUACCGUUUUGGAGCAAUUCAGCAUGGUAUCCGGCUUCACCGUCUUAUCCCGCCAACUCUUGUGCAUAGAAAUGUUGGUAUAUCAUCUAAACUUGUUAGGUUGUAUGCUUCAUUUGGGUAUAUGGAUGAUGCACAUGACUUGUUUGAUCAAAUGACUAAGAGGGAUGUGUAUGCAUUUCCUUGGAAUUCACUUAUAUCUGGAUAUGCCCAAUUGGGUCUUUAUGAUGAUGCUAUUGCACUUUAUUUUCAAAUGGUGGAAGAGGGUGUUGAACCUGACUUGUUUACGUUCCCUCGGGUUCUUAAAGUUUGUGGUGGAAUUGGGUUGGUGCAAGUUGGGGAAGAGGUGCAUCGUCAUGUGGUGCGUUCUGGGUUUGGCAAAGAUGGGUUUGUUCUUAAUGCACUUGUUGACAUGUAUUCUAAGUGUGGUGACAUUGUGAAGGCAAGAAAGAUCUUUAAUAAGAUGCCUUUUAGAGACUCGGUUUCAUGGAACUCAAUGCUCACAGCUUAUGUUCGUCAUGGUGUUGAGGUUGAGGCAAUGAACAUUUUUCGCCAAAUGCUUUUGGAAGGGGAAAAACCUGACUUUUUUUCUAUAUCCGCAAUUCUUACUGGCAUGUCAUCACUGGAUGCUGGGGUCCAAAUUCAUGGAUGGGUGAUCCGACAAGGUGUUGAAUGGAGCUUGUCUAUUGCUAAUUCUUUGAUCGUCAUGUACUCCAAACACGGAAAGUUGGAUAAGGCGCGUUCAAUAUUCAAUCUAAUGCCAGAAAGGGAUGUUAUUUCAUGGAAUUCCAUAAUAUCUGCUCAUCGUAAACACCCGGAAGCCAUCACUUAUUUUGAGAAAAUGGAGGAAGCCGGUGAAGUUCCUGAUAAAAUAACAUUUGUUUCAUUGAUAUCAGCUUGUGCCCAUUUAGGUUUGGUGAAUGAUGGAGAGAGAUUGUUUGCUUUGAUGUGUGAAAAGUAUAAAAUAAAACCAAUUAUGGAACAUUAUGGUUGUAUGGUUAACCUAUAUGGUAGAGCAGGACUGAUUGAAAAGGCUUACGGCAUCAUAGUUGGUGGAAUGGGCUCUGAGGCUGCUGGUCCAACUUUGUGGGGAGCUUUAUUAUAUGCAUGCUUUUUGCAUGGAAAUGUAACUAUAGGGGAGAUUUCUGCAAACAAGCUUUUUGAAUUAGAGCCAGACAAUGAACAUAAUUUUGUACUUCUUAUGAAGAUCUAUGAAAAUGCAGGCAAAUUAGAGGAUAUGGAGAAAAUUAGAAUGAUGUUGGUUGAUAGAGGUUUGGAUCACUAGACAGCUAUACAUCCAAAAGCCCCAACACCAGUACACCACAGGCAAUGCUUCAAGGUUUACAUAUUAUUAUUAUUUUCAAAAAACAAAGCUAAGUGUUUAAGAAAAGAGGAAAGGGCAUGUGAAAGGUAUAAUGUGGUUUAAGAACUUUCUAUAUGUUUAGUUCAAAACUUUACUAUCCUGUUCCUGUUGCAGCAUAUGGUUAUUGGUGGUCUCCCCAUUGUGGCAUUUGCAAUUCUUAACAAUGGCCCUGCUGUAGUGGGAAUCUUAAAGAUUACAGUUCAAGUGUUAUAUUGGCACGCCUCUACAAGUACAUUUUUUGGAAGUGUUACCUGUUACUGUAUGUUCUUUUGCGGUGCAAAUAGAGGUAGCUUGACCAAGCUCAGUUCACUUACAUUUCUAACCUCAAUGUUUACCUCAACUUUCGGGUUUAUGUAUCUUGGUGAGACCUUCUCACCUGUACAGCUUGUUGGAGCCAUUAUUACUGUAGCUACACUAUACAUAGUAAACUUCAGAAAGAAUUAUAUACUAAGUUUUCCACUGGUUCUUUCAACCUAAUCCAACGAGCCACGGACUCAAAUUGGGAAUGCUAGUGCUUUUGGACAUGAAGAGAAGUCUCAGUGAUAUGUGAUCAUGAGCACUUGCUAUCAUGCUUUACAUUGUAAAGACAAUUUUGUUUAGCUAUUAAUUCAGACUUUGAGUCUCUUCCUACACAUUCUAUAGCAGAUGAUUGUAAGUUAUCAGAGUUGAACACAAACCUUAUACAGGGGCAACAUUGUUUCCACAGAAAUUUUCUUCUCUGUAUGAUGGUCCUAGUACCCCAAAAAAAAAGAAGACGAAUUUACUGUUACACUAGGGCUGAAUAAGAAUGUAUAGACUAUGACUUGUUUAUGGCAAGUUUUGUAUGUGGUGUAUUGUUGAUCACACAAAUGAAAUAUACAUCUCGGGUUAGUGUUGAGUUUGUGACAUGUAAUGGAUUUGUUUCUUAAUCCCAAAGAUGAUUUCUUUUA